CACAAGAUGCGGCUUCCGAUCAGACAAGAUUCAGGCAACAAACUGCUGCAAAGCGCUCGCAAUUCACAUUGAACACGAGGUACAUGGAGAACGCAUCCAGUCGACAAAAUGUUGUCACGUUGGAUCGGAGGCUUCAUACAAUCAUAUUCGUGAGGCGAGAGACAGUUACAAUUGACGCUUGUCUCGUGGUCUUUCAUAACAUUAUUAUUGCGUCCAUAAUAUCAUCACUACUUCAGACUUUACCAAACGAUGUGACUGUAUGAUUUUGCUCGAAUAGCGUGUGAUACGGUGACGGCUUUUGUGCAUCGUGACCUCAUCCGGUCAUGCCCAAUCUUCUUGAUGGUCUUUA